UGCGCGUGUGUAUUUUUUUAAGGUGUUUUACUUUGAAAGUAUUUACAGGAAGUCGUAUAAAAAAUAGAAAGCCAGUCCACUCGUCUGAUGAUAAACGUGCCAUACACCGUCCGAAGACAAGAGGCGUGAACGUCGCGGUGUAGCUGCCAGCAUACAGUGAGGCGUUGUCUGUUCAUUUAGAAAUGGAUAUCGGUGGAGUAUCAAGGAAACCAGUGCCUAUCCUCUCUGCUGAAGAGGCCAUAGCCACCUUUAACCCGGACGUGGACAGACCCCGCUGUUCCAGCACCCCUUGUUCCCCCAUCAAAAGUACUCUUGGUGGAUACCAGAUUGUUCACAUGGACUCUAACUUCCUGGUGGGCUUCACCACAGGUGAAGAGCUGUUGAAAAUGGCCCAACACUGGUCCUCCAGCGCCCCGGACCAGAGCUCUCUGCCGGGCGUAUCUCCUAGCUUUGUUUCGACCACUGGACCCAAAGCGAACGAUUUGGGUAUUCACCGGGGAUCCCACAUCCUUAAAGCCAAAAGCCGAUCCUACCAGCCUUACGGCGUGCCCGCUGCUAAUGGGCGGAGUCGGAGGCGUAUGCCCAGCUCAGGUGACACCCUGCUCAGGUCCUUGACACAAGGGGAGUCUAGAAGGGGCCUUCAUGGACCCUUACCCCUCUGUCUAAUCAAAGGGAACAGGGCGCAGGCCAAGUCUCUAGACUACCUCAAUCUAGAUAAAAUGAGUAUUAAAGAGUCAACCGACACAGAGGUUCUCCAGUUCCAGCUUCAACACCUGACUCUGCGUGGAGAGUGCUUGUUCUCCAGAAACCAAACAUGAAGCGACGUCAGAAUGCCUUUUUAGGCACCAUCUGCCCUUGCUAGGGAUUUUGGUGCUUGCAGCUUUGUUUUUCCAUGUUCAUAUGAUAGGCGGGUUGUUAACGAGAUACUAUUUAAUAUUUAAUAUUGUUGAUUUAAAAAUUGAAAGGUGGAGGCUAGGCAUGGAGAUGCAUAUUAAGUUAACACUAUUCACAGUUGUGAGGAAUAGGUUAGGGAUAAUAUUUCGAAAACGAAGGAUGGUUACAAAAAUGUGAAGUAUGUCAAAAUUAGCAAUAACUAGUUAUAUAUUGAUAAUAUUAUGUUUGUACCGUAAUAUGAGUUAAUUAUGUGCAAAUGAAAGAGAUGAUGUAUGUGUGUGCUGACAAUGUUUCUAUUAACACUGGUAAAAAUGGAUUAUACAACUGUCACGUUUGCAGAAUACUGUAUCCUUUCCUCCACUUGAUUGCACUUUGUUUGACACAUAUAAUCCAAACAAAAAAUAUAGCACACUCUUUCCGUUUUCAAACAAUCUAGCCUUAUACCCCGAAACUAUUUGUACGCUGUAUGCAAGCAUUGUGUAAAAUCAACUUCUCGACAAAGUUUUCUCAUUACCCUCCUGUCCAAGAAGAAACGUAGGCUUUAUAUUUACCUGUGACUGUUAUUAGACUUGAGGUUAUUUAAGACCAAUCCUCUUUAGAGGAUUUGCCAGGGUGAGGCUUAGUGUCUGGUAGUGCCUGAAACUGAACCUUACUAUAGACAGACCUAGUCUCUUCUUUUACUAAAGUUAUGAUUGAUACUCAGAAAUAGUAACAGUGUUAGUGUAGGAUUUGUUUUAGUUGCUGCCUAAAACUGUGCCUGGGGGUUGCCUAUUUACAAAAUGUAUUUACAUCAUUUCCAUGUGUAUGUGAAACUCGAUCUCCAAAAACGUUAAGAAACUGCAUUGUUGUGAUCUUUCUUUCAUACAUUUUAGAAGGCUGUUGAAAGAUAUCCAAGGAGCAUUAUAAUUUUGAUAGGUGUUAUUCUGUAAGGGGAAAACCAACUCAAUUACUAAAUGUCAAGCCAUUACAUUUACGAAUGACAUGUACCAAAAUAACGAAUAAACCCAAAUAUUAUUAUUUAUUGUUGUUCACUUAAUAAUUUCAGGUUCCUUGUCCUAUGAGGAUUGGAAUAUCCUAGUUUUGUUAUUUACAGCAUAUUUGAAGGCUUCUUCGGACCCAGAAAGGGAUCUCAUUAAUCAUAUUAAAAUGAUUAAGAGCCAGAAAGGGAUCUCAUUAAUCAUGUUAAAAUUGUUAUCCUCCGUUCACAAGUAGAAAUGAACCUGAAGCAGAAUGAGAUUUUCAAUGACAUUAUGUAGUUGUAUAUAUGUCAUAAACAUGUCAUUCCAACAGCCAUGGCCAAACGUGUGGUGCAUGUCAACAUAAAGACAUCAAAAAUAUAUUCAUUUUUUUUACGGCACAAGAGAUAAGCUAAUGGAUUGAUGGUUCGCAGAGCAAUAAAGAAAGUCACGGAUAAGGUUGAGUCUGUGAUAGCAUCAUAAUAUAACCACACACACAGACGAAUGACAUCAGAAUUGGAUCUCACACGUCCUCUUCAAAAGGCCUGAACUGCCUGAAUUUUAAUUGAGUGGCCGUAUUUACAAUUAAUGCCAUGAGGAGAGUUCAGUAAUGUCCCUUGAACAAUUAUCAUUAACUGUCCCAUGAACUCUUUUGAUUAUCGGUGUAUGUGUUACAUUUAUAUUUCAGUCAUUGAACAAGAAUGACAUAACUCCUUAACAAAUAUUGAUUGAAUAUCUAUUGAUGUAACAAAUAAAAUUGUAUUGUACAAAUCA